AUGGGCAGUAGAGCUUUUUCCCAUGAUAGUAUUUUUAUACCUGAUGGGAGAACAGAGAGUGAACAGGCCAUCCAAGCAAUGUCACAGGAGAACGUUUUAGGAAAAGUCAAAACUCUUCAGCAACAGUUGGCCAAGAAUAUAAAAUUUGGGCAGCCUCCACAAAUGACAGUUUCUGCGAGGACAAUGGGGGAGGCAAACACUGGUAUAGAAGAGGAUGUGUUGCUCGGUAGCCCCAUGGAGAUUGAGACUCAGCAGGACAGUGUGAUCUCAGACAGUGGUAAUAAAUCCACUGACACUCCAGAUUUCUUGAGAACACUGAAUUUGCCUGGAACAGGACAUGAAGUGGAAGAAAAGGUCCCUCCAGUCAAGUCAUCUCGGCCAAAAAGACAAUUUUCCUGUUCUGGCACAAUUGAAACAAUCAAUUUGGAUGCAGUUCCCCAGGCUGUUGCUCGUCUAGACAACAGUGCAGCUAAACACAAGCUGGCAGUGAAGCCAAAAAAGCAGAGGAUGUCAAGAAAGCACAAGAGAUUAACAAAGGGAUCACAAAGUUUAACAAUAACAGAAUUUGAACCGGAGGACCUAGACACUGAGCUGUUUGGAGACAGAUACCCAGGUUAUAAUGGACACUUCAUAGCAGACAAGCUAAUCCAGAACAGAGAUGAGCAGAAGCAGCCUCAGCUGGCAGAGGAGAAGAGAGUUGAAGAUCACUGGGGGAUCUUUGAGGCCGAAAGGAUAAGGCAGAUUGUAGAAAUGGAAGAACAAAGAGAAAUGGAGGAACAAAGGUGCCAAGAACUGGAGCAGAUGCAAAAAGAGCAGGAGAGAAGGCGUUACGAAGAAGAGAGGAGGCAGUAUCUCCUUGAAGGAGAGACAUCUUUGAAAAUUGAAGAGCAGACCUGCCAUAAAGAGGAGAGGAGGCUGCUGGAGGCUGACAGGAGGCAAGAGCUGGAGGAACAGAGGUGCCAGGAGCUGGAGAAGCAGAGGCAGAAGGAGCUGGAGAAGCAACAGGGACAAGAGCUGGAGGAGCAGAAGCUCCAGGAACAGGAGCAACAGAGACGAGAGCUGGAGGAGCAGAAACUCCAGCAACAGGAGCAACAACAAAGACAAGAGCUGGAAGAGCAGCAGCGCUGUGAACAAGAGCAGAGAUGUCACGAGUUGGAGGAGCAGAAGAGGCAGGAGCUGGAGGAGCAGAAGCAUCAGGAAUGGGAAGAGCUGAGGUGCAAGGAGCUAGAGGAGAAACAGAGACAAGAGCUGGAGGAGCAGAAGAGGCCAGAGCUGGAAGAAUUAAGGCAAUGUGAGAUUGAAACACAGUGUCAAGAGGAAGAAGAAAGAAAUUGGCUGGAGGAACAAAAAGAACUCGAGGAACAAAAUAAGGAAGAAAAACAGAGACAAGAGCUAGAAGAGAAAGAACUUCAACAAGCUGAAAUAAAACUGAAACAGGAUAAAGAGGCUGAGAGCCUAAAACAACAGAAGAAACAGGAGGAACAAAAGCAGCAUUUGGAUGAACUGAACCUGCAAAAGGAACAAAAUGAACAAGAAUGGAGCAAGCUGGAAGAGCAGAAGGUAGACACAGAAGGACAAAAUCUUCAGCAAAAUCAGCAAGAAAAGUCCUUGGAACAGCAACGGGACAAGGAUCACUUGUGUCCUCGAGGGGCUGAUAGGCAUCCGGUAGAUGAGAAGCUCCAGGAAGGAUCAAGAUCCCAAAAACUCAAACAGCCAGAAAAAGGGAAUAAAACAGCAGAAGAAGUCCUAGCCCAGAAACUCAAGCGAGAAGUUGAGGCUCAGGAGCAAAAGCGAAUAGGGGAAGAGCUUAGGUGGCAAGAGGUAGAUGAAAGGCAGACUGCAUCCAGGCCCUUCACAUUUCAAGUGUCUUCUGGAGAUAAACAGAUCAUAUUUCAGAAGGUAAACCUGAGUCCAGUCAUGCCCGUCAAAGGAGCAGGGCUUUCUUCUCCAUCCAACAAAGACUGCAGGAUGCACGCCUCCAGCAAGGGCUCUCAUACACUGCCAUCGUCUGUGUGCGUACCCCACACAGCUAUUUUGGUGACUGGAGCACAACUGUGUGGCACAGCAGUCAACCUGAACCAGAUAAAGGACACAGCCUGUAAAUCUUUACUUGGCUUAACAGAAGAGAGAAAAAAUGUGGAUAUUCCUUCACCAGAGAAGGCACAGAAAAAACCCCAGGAUCCCAAACCCAGCAGCAGCAAAUUGAAAUAUGCACAGGAGGCAUUGAACAACCAGGCCGUACUGGCAGAGUGGGCCUCCAUUCGCUCCAGGAUCCUCAAGAACACAGAAAACAGCAAAUACAACGAGAGAGACCGAGUAAGUGUCUGCAGACACAGUGAUGACUGGACGCCCCGAGGACGGGGUGCUCCCCAUGGAAACUUGAGGAAAACCCUCUCUGCAAAUGCAAAGUUCUCAAUAACUCCAGCAUGGCAGAAGUUUUCAGAAGCUUCAAAAGCCAAUUUGGAUGCUGAGAAUGUAAGUGCAGCAAAGAGCAGUGAAACAGUGGCUGCGGGAAGAAUCACCAGCUCAUCUGCUGAUUCGAAGGAGGAUGUGGCUUCCACUCUCAAGGAUAACUUAGCCGAAAAGGGUAAGGAGAAAACGGAAAGCCAUAGUGAAAAGACAGAUAACACAGAAGGCUGUAAAUUUGCAAAAGAUCUCCCAUCUUUCCUUGUUCCAAGUUUUCCUCAUUCUCCAGGUAAGGAAUUACCCCAGGCAGAGCUUCCUGGCACUCCGGAAAACCAGCAGAAUAGCAGCACAAAAAAAGCAGAUAAAUCAGCACCAAAUGGAGAAGAAAACAUUUCUCCUUUUGGGAUAAAGUUACGAAGGACAAACUACUCUUUACGUUUCCAUUACGAUCAACAGGCAGAGCAAAGGAAAAAGAAAAGAUACAGUGCAGGAGAUAGUUUUGAUGGUGUGCCUGACUCACUCGUGACAACAGAGGGUGAGAAAGAUUCCUCUGUUUUUGCUCCACAAGAGAGCACAUCCCCUGGCACAGGAAGACCAAAUGUCCCUGGUGUUUUAAAAGACUCAAAAGACUCUUCAGUUGCUGUAGUGGAGAAGGCACCACCAGCGGGCACACCAGUGGUCCUACCAGCCAUCGGCCAGAGUGCUUUGACCCCUCAUGACAAACCAGCAUCCAAGUCACUGGUCCCACAGAAACCUGCUUUAGCUCCAAAGCCAACCAGCCAGACGCCACCAUUGUCUCCCCUUUCUAAAAUGAACAGAUCAAACCUGGCUGAAACGCUAGGGCAGAGGUUGGUCAAAGCUGAAUCGGACGGGAGCUGGAGAAAAGACGAGAGAGCAAACGCAGUGCACCCCACACCGUCUAAUGAGUACAAAAACAACGAGGAGGAAAUCAGAGAAAAGAAGUCAUUUUUCCCAUCUAUAAGUAUUCCGUGGAGAGAAAAAAGUGACAAAAAGCCUGAGCCAUUGAAGAAAGAAAAGCCAGUCCUCCAGAGCAGGCACUCUUUAGAUGGCUCUAAACUGAUGGAAAAAGUUGAAACUUCACAACCACUUUGGAUUACAUUAGCACUGCAAAAGCAAAAGGGAUUUCGUGAGCAGCAAGCAACAAGGGAAGAGAGGAGACAAGCCAGAGAGGCAAAGCAAGCGGAGAAGAUGGCUAAAGAAAAUGUAAACGAUCUUUAGAAACCUGCCCACAAUAAAACCAACAGCAGCAAGACAAGCACACUGCAGAAAUCGACACCUCAGGAAGGGGAGAAGAAAAUUGAGACAGCUGUGUCAAGACUAGAAAGAAGAGAGCAGCUAAAGAAGUCAAACACCCUUCCAACUUCUGUGACAGUGGAAAUUUCAGAUUCUGUUCCGUCAACCCCACUGGCAAAGGAGGUGGCCAAGAGAUUCUCCACGCCUGAUGCUAACCCUGUGUCAACAGAACCAGCCUGGCUUGCACUGGCCAAGAGGAAAGCAAAAGCCUGGAGUGACUGUCCACAGAUCAUAAAGUAA